AUGAUCCGCUUCACCUGGCAUUGUUGUGCCCAUUAUGAUCCUGCGAGUGGAACUGGUGGCUCAAGUGGAGGACCCAUGGGAUUUGCUCAAGAAUUCAAUGACAUUGGCAAUACAGGUCUCAUAACAACAAAAUCGUAUCUUGAUAAAAUUCAACAUCAGUUUCCAUGGAUAACUUUUGCUGAUGUAUACACAUUUCCAGAAUGCGUAGCCUUUGAAGAACUAGGUGGUCCAAAAAUUGAGUGGAAACCUGGGAGAACAGAUUGUCCAGGUCCAAAUAAAGUUCCCGUCAUGGGUCGGCUACCGGUGGCAUCCAACGACUCGGACCUUAUUAAAGAAGUAUUUUACCAUAGACUAGGAUUCAACGCACGGGAAACAGUUGCCCUUAUAGGUGGUUGCCACGGCUUGGGUGGUUGUCAUGCAAGGUACAGUGGUUUCAAUGGAACUUGGACUAGAAAACUCUUUACCUGGGAUAAUGGUUAUUUUAAAGCACUAUUGGAAGAAAAUUGGUGUUUAGGCGUUGUUCCAGAAAUAGGAAUCGAGCAAUACUACAAUGAAGAUAAAUCAUUAACGAUGUUAAACACUGAUAUCGAGUUUUUAAAAUGUCCUGAGUUCAAAAGGUGGGUUGAAAUUUAUGCCAAUAAUGAAGCAUUUUUUAAUGAGCAACUUGCUACUGCUUUUGCUAAAUUACUUGAAUUGGGAGUCAUCAGAGAUAAAGAUGGAGUCCAAAGAAUAAAAAUCUGA